AUGUCCCUGGUCCAAUACUCCGACUCCGACUCCGAUGAAGGGGAGGAAACGGCCCAGUCCCGCUCAGCUCUCCCGCCAUUACCGCCCUCCUUCCACGAUCUGUACGCCUCCAGCACCCGCGUCAGCGUGCAAGAUGACCCGGCCCUCCACGACGGACGGAAGCGCGUCAUUCCCCAUGUCGAAGGCAACUGGCCCACGCACCUCUACCUCGAGUAUCUCAUCGGCUCCCACCACAGUCUGCUGCAUUCCGAUCUGGGCGCGCAAUUGCCCCUCCACAUCAGCCUGUCGCGACCGGUAGUUCUGCGCACGGAACAGCGGGCUUCGUUUACAGAGAGACUGGAAACGGUGAUCAAAACCGCCCAUAUUCCCCCGUACGUUUUGAUCUCCAGACAUCCCUGGUCGACAUAUCGUCCCGCCCACCUGGACUGGGUCUCCAACCACGAGCGCACGCGCUGGUUCCGCGUGCUCCGCGUGCAGAAACCUGCCCGUAACAAUCUCAACCAGCUGCUGCGGUUGGCGAACGACGCCCUUGCUCAUUUUCACCAGCCGCCGCUCUACGAGCGAGACACCCGCGCGUCCCGUGCGUCUGCGGGUCAGAAGAGCGGUCUGGCAGAUGGGGAUAUCGAUUACACGGACUGCUUUCAUAUCUCGCUUGCGUGGAGUCUGGAUGAACCGGACCCCGAGGAGCGGGAGAGGGUGAGGGAGAUGGAUCUGAAGGCGCUGCAGGGAUUGAGAGUGCGAUUUGAUAGUGUCAAGGCAAAGAUUGGGAAUCAUGUUGUUAGUAUACCACUUUCUAGGGAGUGA